AUGCUAGCCUCGAGUCGCGCAGCUCAGCUGAGGCUUUGGCGCAAGAUUGCCUUGAAACAUCAUGAGGAGACUCAGCCGGACUCGAUUCUUGCCAUCUUUCUUCAGCUUGGUCUAUCAGAAAGUGCCAAUGGCCCUUUCUCAUUGGUCAACAAGCUCCUUGAAUCUUGCGUUCCUCAAGGAUUUGUAGUUCCAUCUGAUGAAGUUAUAGAGGUGAUUCAAGAUGAAGAAUCCCGACAUAAGUCUCAUCCUGUGGGACUUAUGGAUCUACCCCUUGAGGUUUUUGACAAGAUAAUUGAACAGCUUGAUUGCAUGGCUACUGUUCAAGGAUGGGAUAUUGCAGAUGAGAAGCGUGAAAAUAGGAUGUUGAUGUCCGGUCCAGGGGAUCGGGAACCAUACUUCACUUACUUUUACAAUCAUCCACCAAUUUUGAAUAGUUUUCAAACCUUUGCUCUUACUUCUUGUGAAAUAUAUGAAUGUUGUUGA